AUGUCGACCAGCUCAAGAGAGAACUCUCUCGGCCCCCACCGUCACGGCCUUAGUAGGAAACGCCAUGUCAUCCCUGAUAACCUUCGCAACCUUGUCGUCCUCACUGUUGGCGAGUUCUUCGUCACCUUCAUGUUCCUCCUCCUCGGUUUCAUCGGCACCCAGGCUGCGCUCGACACCAAUGAUCCCAGCGACCCCUCUGCUCCCCUCAUGCCAUUCACUCUCCUCUACAUCGCCGCCUCCUUCGGAUGCUCCGUCGCCGUGAAUGUCUGGAUCUUCUACCGUGUCACUGGCGGAAUGUUCAACCCAGCUGUAACACUCGGUCUUGUCCUCGUCGGAGCCGUGUCACCCAUUCGGGCUCUAUGCAUUGUCCCUGCCCAGCUCGCCGCCGGUAUCGCAGCAGCCGCUGUGACAGAUGGCCUCCUGCCGGGUCCUCUGGGUGUGGCCGAUGCACUGAGCAACGGCACCAGCAUCCCCCAGGGUCUGUUCCUCGAGAUGUUCCUCACCGCCCAGCUCGUCCUCACCGUCUACUUCCUCGCGGUCGAGAAGCAUAGAGCCACAUUCCUUGCCCCCAUUGGCAUCGGUAUCUCUGUCUUCAUUGCACAUAUUGCUGGCACGAACUUCACCGGCACCUCCAUCAACCCUGCCCGAUCCUUCGGCCCUGCUGCCAUCACAGGGUUCGUCGGGUAUCACUGGAUCUUCUGGCUGGGACCUUGCAUGGGCUCGGUCCUCUCGUUUGCCAUGUACUCGCUUAUGAAGUGGCUAGAAUACCACACUGCCAACCCAGGCUAG